AGAUAACCGUAGUAGUUAAGUAACCUGACUACACACUUUUUCUUGUAAAGAUUUUUCUUUUUUUUAUUUAAAAUGAACACUUUUACGAGAUUAUCUUGGAAAAGUAACAGACGUUGUUGCAGGCUACUAUUUGGGAAUAAACACUGGGGUCGGUUCUUCCAUGACAUCACCCUUCAGACCGCCUGUUAUGAGACCACCCAACCGGUAAUAGGACAGCCUUCUCCACUUACGCACCCACACUUGCUCAAACCGAAUGAGCUCGUUCCAGGAUUUACAAAAAAAGACUUCAUAGAAAGAAGGGAUCGCCUUGCGGAAGCGCUAGUCAGACUGAAACCGAAUGGAACUCAUCUUGUUUUGAUACCGGCGGCGAUGACGCAGUAUAUGUCCGAUAAAAUUCCAUAUGUCUUCAGGCAGAAUACAGACUUCAGGUACUUGACAGGCUGCCUCGAGCCUGACAGUGCCCUUCUUUUGAUAAUCAAACCUGAUGGGAGUCAUAAAUCGAAAUUAUUCAUGCGUGAUAAAAAUGCUCACACUGAACUCUGGGAAGGCCCUAGAACAGGUGUUGAUGUUGCUCCUCAACUCUUCGGUAUCGAUGAAGCCAAAAGCAUCAAUGCACUUGAAUCUGAACUGAAAGAAUCGGCUAAAAAUUGUACUUUCUGGUACGAUUUCAGAAACCCAGCACACAGAAAUAUACAUAACUCAGUUGUGUCGUUUCUAUCUAAUUCUGGAUCAAAAUGUUUAGAAUCGCCGAUAAAGCUCAUACAUGAGUUAAGACUGAUUAAAUCAAAAGCAGAGCAGGAUUUGAUGCUCCGCUCUGCCCAAAUAACGUCAGAUGCCAUAACCCAAACAAUUAGGAAUACCGAGGUCGGGCACACUGAACACCAGCUUUUUGCCAUGGUAGAUUACCACUGCAGAAUGAAUGGAGCUGAAUACUUGGCUUACCCUCCAGUGGUAGCCGCUGGAAAUAAUGCAAACAUCAUCCACUACAUAAACAACACCCAAAAAAUAAUGGAGGGAGAAUUAAUUUUAAUGGACGCUGGCUGUGAGCUCCACGGUUAUUGCAGCGAUAUAACAAGAACUUGGCCUGUCAGCAAACAAUUCACUCCUCUUCAACAAACACUUUACGAGAUAGUCCUCGAUGUGCAGACCAACUUGAUUUCCCUCUGUUCAGAAGAGAAGUCAUUAGAUGAGCUGUUCAAGUUAAUGUGCGUCAUGCUAGGGAAACGUCUUAAAGAGGCACAUGUACUUACUAAGGCCGCUGACUCUAUGACACUGGAAGAGAUGGCCUUUAAAUUCUGCCCACACCAUGUCAGCCAUUACCUUGGUAUGGAUGUUCACGACACUGGUACUAUAAACAGAACUGUCCAUCUGCAAGAAGGAAUGGUCAUAACUGUAGAACCAGGGAUAUAUGUCAACGAGAAAAAUAAUCUUGCAAAAAAGGAAUUCAGAGGUAUCGGCGUACGUAUUGAAGAUGAUGUUUUAAUCUCUAAUGGGUGUGCAAAAGUGUUGUCCCUUUGCCCUAAACGGGUGGAUGAACUUCAGGAAAUAUAUAAAACUUAGCAUUCA